CGCGGCCGAGGAGGAAGCGCGGCGGCGGGCAGCCCAGCGGGGCCGUGCGGGGAAGCGCGGGCUCGGGGAGGCGGCGCGGCGGAGGAAGCUGCCGUCGGCCCGUGCGUCCUCCCGGCUCCACUGCCCCGGGGUGGCUGGCGACUGGGCACGAGCGAGGCAAGGCCGGCGGGAGCCAGGCGGAUGGAGAGCACCGGCACCCUCGGCCGCUCCCGGCGAAGCCCAGCAGCCCUGCAGCCAGGUGCCGCUGGGAUGCGGCCGUCCCCGUGACGAGCGGCACCGCGGCUGCCCCUCGCCUGCUGCCGGCAGCAGCCCCUGGCUCGCCCCGGUGCCGCUCGCCCGCCGCCCGCCAUCAGCCUCUCCGUCCUCCUCCGGCCGCGGGGCGCCCGGGUAGCUGGAUGCUGGGCUGGUCCCCGGGGCCGCCCGUCGCGCUGGAGGAUGGCGGCAGCGAGCUGGUACCACCGCGACAUCAGCCGGGUGGUGGCUGAAGAGCUGCUGGCCAAAGCGGGCAAGGACGGCUGCUUCCUGGUGCGGGACAGCGAGUCCGUGUCCGGGGCGUACGCCCUGUGCCUCCUGUUCCAGUGGCACGUGCACACCUACCGCAUCCUCCCCGACGACGAGGGGCUGCUCUCCGUCCAGACCGUCCAGGGCAUCCAGGCCAAGUGCUUCCACAGCCUCGCUGACCUGGUCGGUGCCUACCAGCAGCCCAACAACGGCCUGGUGACGCCGCUGCUCUACCCCGUGCACCGGGCGCGGGAGGCGGCCGACGAGGACUCGGACGGGGAGGAGGGCCGCAGCGGCGGCCCGGCGGACGCGGGCCCCCCCGGCGGGGCCGCCCCUGGCGCCUGGGCUGGCAGCACGCACACCGGCCGGGCCCACAUCUCCCAGCAGCUGCACCUGAGGCUGCAGGAGCAGGUCCACAGCAGCCCAGCCAGCGACUUCAUGGGCUUCAUGGCCGAGUACCUCACCCACCACCUGCAGCUGGACCUGGAGGCGCUGCGCAACGGGAACCUGCAGCUGCGGCACCUCAGCACGGCGCUCGUCACGGCGUGCCGGGGGCUGCACAGUGAGAUCGACUUCGCGCUGGCUGGCUUAGAGACACUGGCCAAGGUGUUCGACCCUCCUGCUCCCCCCCGCAGCCCCACGAGGGAGCAGGAUCUCCUGACCAGUGAUCCGGACCUGGAGCUGCUCCUCAGCAAGAUAUCCACUGUCAACAAUCUUCUCUCUUCCCUGGAGAAAAAGGUGCUGAGGUCGCUGCAGGAGACAGUGUCCAAGCACAACCUGGCACUGCCCAGCGUGGCCACAGCCCCCCUGCCACCCACCAAGCCCAUGGCUGUGCAGAACUUUGAGGUGAAGGUGGGCAAGUCGCAGCGAGCAGCCGUGAUGGUGGACGUGGAAUCAGGCACGGUGGCCAUCACCAAGAAGGGCAGUGGGACCCCAGAAGAAACUAUCCCACAGGACAAAAUCUUGCAGCUGAUUAAAUACCAGAGCGUGCAGAGCAAGGUGAGGCUGGUGUAUGACCGGGACCAGAACAAGAGCCUGAGCAGAGACUUCAUCUUCCCAAAUGCACGGAAGCGAGAGGCCUUUUGCCAGCUGCUCCAGCUCAUGAAGAUCCAGCACUCCAACCUGGAUGAGCCUGACCUCAUCUCGGUAUACAUCGGGACGUGGAACAUGGGCAGCACCCCACCGCCUCGGUCCCUCGCCUCCUGGCUGACAUCACGGGGCCUGGGGCGCACUCAGGACGAGACCACAGCCUGCAUCCCCCAUGACAUCUAUGUGAUUGGCACCCAGGAGAACUCCCUGGGUGAUCGUGAGUGGGUGGAGUUCCUGCGAGCAUCUCUGAAGACACUGAUGUCCAUAGACUACCGAGUGGUUGCCUUGCAGUGCCUCUGGAGUAUCAAGAUAGUUGUGCUGGUGAAACCAGAGCAUGAGCGGCGCAUCAGCCACGUGAACACAUCCAGCGUGAAGACAGGCAUUGCCAACACCCUCGGUAACAAGGGAGCUGUGGGCGUCUCCUUCCUUUUCAAUGGGACAUCCUUCGGGUUUGUCAACUGCCACCUGGCCUCAGGGAGUGAGAAGAUUCACAGGAGGAACCAGAACUACAGCGACAUCCUGCGGUCGCUGGUGCUGGGUGACAAGCGGCUCAGUGCCUUCGACCUCACCCUGCGCUUCACUCACCUCUUCUGGUUCGGGGACCUCAACUACCGCCUCAACAUGGAUGUGCAGGACAUCCUAGCCCAUGUAACCAAGAGGGAGUUUGAAGCCCUCCUGGCUGUGGACCAGCUCAACCUGGAGCGAGAGAAGAACAAGGUCUUCCUACGAUUCAAUGAGGGUGACAUUUCCUUCCCUCCCACCUACCGGUAUGAACGGGGCUCCCGGGACAACUACAUCUGGCAGAAGUUCAAGACCACAGGGAUGAGGAUCAACGUCCCCUCAUGGUGUGACCGCAUCCUGUGGAAGUCGCACCCGGAGACCCAUAUAGUCUGUAACUCAUAUGGCUGCACCGAUGACAUUGUGACCAGUGACCACUCGCCAGUCUUCGCCACCUUUGAGGUGGGAGUGACAUCGCAGUUUGUGCCCAAGAAGGGUAAGGGUGAUGGUAAAGGUGAAGCGCCUGGCUCCAGCCCUGAGUCCCUGGCCUGCAUCGAGUGGGAGAGCAUCGAGGUGAUCGUGAAAACUGCCAGCCGCAGCAAGUGCUACAUUGAAUUUCACUCCUACUGCCUGGAGGAGCCCCAGCGGAGUGGGGAGAACACGUCCCAGAGCUGCGACAUCCCUGGCUUCCUCAAGCUCAGCUGGUCAGCUAAACACUUGCCCAUGCUGCACCCCAUCCUCUCGGACCUGGAGUACCUGGGGGACCAGCACCUGCUGCUCAGCAUCAAGGGCACAGAGAGCUGCGAGUCGUACGGCGAGUGCUGCAUCGCGAUGAGGUCCAUGAUUGGCAGCAUGGCCCAGCAGUUUGAAACAUUCCUCUUCCACCGUGGUGAGGAGACGGGCUCCAUGCGUGGCUGGAUGAAGGUCCGAGUGCCCAAAGACAGGCGCAGCACCCGCGAGAGGCUCUACGAGUGGAUCAGCUUCAAGGAGGAGGACGCCGAAGCAGUUGCUGAUGUCCCGACGUGCUCCAAGCUGCCUGGGCACCGCGUCAGGAGCCGGCCCCACAGCAUCCCGGACACGGCCAGCAGCUACACAAACCCAGCCUACUUCAUAUUCGAAGGGUUGCCCAACACAUGGGCACUGGCACCUGACAUCCCUGAAGCCCUCCAUCGCCCCUUCAAUGAGCGGCAGAGGGAGGGCCCGCGGCGCCGCAGCCCAGCCCCACCGCCCAUGGAGGAAGAGCCGUGGGGCGGCCGACCCUGCAGUGUGGUGGGGGGCCCUGGCCAUGGGCGCCAGCUCAGCCCCCUCCCCGUUGGCAGGCAGAAGAGGCCCAAAUCGGCCGUUCUGGAGAGGGACCUGCUGGCAGCAGUGGGCGACUGCUCUCUGACAGCGCUGCACAUGGCGAGGUGUCUCAGCGAGCUGGACCGGGUGUCCCCUGAGCGGGGCAGCCGCCUUGACGGCAGCGUGGCCGGCGGCCCCAAGGUGCAGCUGCGCCAGACCCGCAGUGCCCUGGAGCCGCCACCGCGGGGCUGCCCAGAGAUGUCAGGGCCCACACGGGACGCCCAGCGGCACGGCCAUGCCACGGAGUGGCCCUGCGACAGAGGUGACCGCUCCCGCAGCAUCGGCGCAUGGCUGAGUCACCUCGGCUUGGAGCAAUACAAGGAAGGGCUGUAUGAAAAUGGCUGGGAUGACCUCGAGUUUUUCAGAGACAUCACUGAGCAGGACCUGCUGGAAGCUGGGGUGCUGAGUCCUACUCACCGGAAGCUCAUCCAAGCCAAGCUCCGCGAGAGCUCCACUGAAAGUCUGCAGCAGAGACCCUAUCUGAAACCGAAUGCCUAGAUACCAAUGCAACUGUGCUGGGCUGCUCCAUGUGGUGGUUUCCUCCGAGGAGCUUCUUAGGGAGCUUCUGCUCUAAGAUGCCCAAAGCCCAGAGCAGAAGGUGACAGGAUUGGAGGUCACAGGGAUAAAUCUGUGACUGGGAAACACACUCUUGGCUGGCUUCCUCUGCAGUCUUCACCCCACUGCCAAUGUCUCGCUGAACAUGUCCCACUGACAGCUGCAGCUCACACCCCUGCCCUGCCUGAACCCAAGUCCAGAACUAUCGGCCUUGCAGUGAAACCAGCCGCACUCCCAGGCUGUCUGGCCUCACCAGUAGGUGACAGGAUGUUUCUCCACUGGAAAGUCUCAGGGAGUUUCUGUGGCCGUGGAGACUGACACAGCCUGGGUUUCACCCCGUGUCUUUCCUUCCCCAAAGCUAUGAAAGGGCCAUGCUGAGCCUUGCCGGAAAAGAGAGGUGGCAGCCUGUGGGACACGUGGAGGCCACGCGGGAGGUGAGGACCAUCCACGUUGCACCCCUCCCACAUGAGCUGGGGCAUGACGUGCCCUGACAGGUGGGGGCACGCUCUCGCCAUCGCCCCAAACGCAGGCACUGAAGCACCGUCCGGGAGCCUGAGGCUGUGGCCGGCUCAGCAGCGGGAGCUGCCCUCCCCGGGCACCUCUCUUUGCACCUUUUCGAAGGCUGCGUCGUGCUUUCCUUUUGCCUCUUGCCAUUGCCACCGAGAAUAAAGCCUGAGGGCUCGGA